AUGAGUGAUGAGACAGGGAGGAGCGGGGUUGGAUCACUGGAGGUGCCGUCGUCGGAAUCCGCCGUUCACAGUAAAUACUCCUCCGGCUCCACUAAUGGCGCCGGACCCGGAAAGAAAGUAGUCAUCAAAAGCGCCGACAUGAAGGAGGACUUGCAGAAAGAAGCAGUAGACAUUGCAAUCGCAGCAUUUGAGAAGUAUAGCGUGGAAAAGGAGGUUGCAGAGCACAUAAAGAAGAUGUUUGACAAGAAGCACGGACCCACUUGGCAUUGUAUUGUUGGCAAGAACUUUGGUUCUUAUGUAACUCAUGAGACAAACCACUUUGUCUACUUCUAUUUGGAUUCCAAAGCAGUGCUUCUGUUCAAAUCUGGUUGA